AUGGUUUGCGUCGGUAUUCCGAAGAAUUACACUACCUCGCCAUCCUCCUUUGCGGGGACACCUUCUCUGACGAUCAACUACGAGGCCACUCAGGACCUCGACUCCAGCAAUGCUUUUGAAGGUCCCGAGAAGUUGCUCGAAGUAUGGUUUGCUCCAUCUGCCAGUGAGCUUGGCACUGCCGGCCCAGAGGGCUUGAAGAAGGUUCCCAGCGACAUCUGGAAGGACAUGCUCGACUUGGUCAAUUGCCAGGUUCUCUCCAUUGUUUCAUCCGAGGACGCGGAUGCCUACCUGCUUUCUGAGUCCAGCAUGUUUGUCUGGCCGCACAAGCUCAUUUUGAAAACAUGUGGUACCACGACUCUGCUGUCCGGCCUCCCGCGCAUCUUGGAGAUCGCCGCUCUCUUCGCAGGCUUCCCGCGCGCUACUGCACCUCCGUCUCGCGGAAUCACUGUCGCUGCGGCCCCUUACCGGGUUUUCUAUAGCCGCAAAAACUUCUUGUUCCCUGACCGUCAACGGGGCCCUCACCGCAGCUGGCGCGAUGAGGUUCGCAACAUGGACAAGCUGUUCCAGAACGGUAGCGCCUACAUGAUUGGCAAGAUGAAUGGAGAGCAUUGGUACUUGUACUUGACUGAGCCUCAUACCUUGCUCACUCCCCCGGCGAGCCCACAGGAGGAGGAAGAUGUUGAAUUCACCGAGACUGAGACCAAGGUCCUCGAUUUCCCCCCUUCUCCUGUCGCCACUGAGUGUGAUGAGCAUGAUGAGACUCUGGAGGUCUUGAUGACCGAUCUCGACGAAGAGAACGCAAAGCAAUUCUAUCUGGAGAAUGCCGCCGCCACGGCGGAGAAACGCUUCCGCAGCCUCGAAAAGGAUGACGACGUUGAGCACUUGGAUGUUUUCAGCAACAACUCCGACCCAGAGGAUGAUCUUGAUAUGAAGAGUAGCGGUAUCCUGCCAGCGGAGUUGACGACGGAAGGCCAUGCUCUCGGUACUGUGGUCUCUGAGUCCUGCGGUCUUUCAGACGUCUAUCCCAAGAACAAGUUCCCGGAUGCUCGCAUUGAUGCGUAUCUAUUCACGCCCUGCGGUUUCUCUGCGAACGGCGUUGUUCCUGCUCCGGAUAGCAAGGGACCUACUCACUACUUCACCGUUCACGUCACGCCAGAGCCACAUUGCUCAUACGCGUCCUUUGAGACCAACGUGCCGCACUCUCAGAACGGCAAGACCACGUCCGACAUCAUCCAGCAGGUCGUCGAUAUCUUCAAGCCUGGUCGCUUCAGCAUCACCUUGUUUGAAACCAAGCCCACUGUCGAGGAGCUUGAGGCCGAUGCAAAUGGCUUCCACGAAAUCUCUCACGCGCAGCGCCAAGCUUUGCGCCGCAGUCCCAAGAUUGAGCAUGUGGAGGGCUACCGCCGUGUUGACCGUAUCGUUCAUGAUCUGAACGGGUACGAUCUUGUGUUCCGUUACUAUGAGCGCAACGACUGGAAAGGGGGGGCACCCCGGCUUGGAGAGAAGUUCUAG